UUCCCCGUCCCUUUUUCGAGCCGUGCUCGUACAACGUACAUGCGCACGUCGCUGCCUUCCGUUGCGAAAUGAUGUUACACGACAGUAACCACAAUUUUUACGGCAUCAAAACAGCGAUAUUUCUCGAGAUUACCGGCGAACAUGUGCCGAGAGUGACUGCCAGCCUCAAAGACAAGGUCGCGCCUUACCUCAGCCGUCCAAAGCUCCCAGUGCUAAAGCUUGCGGACGGUACCACGUUGUUCAAUGCGAAUGCCAUAUGCAGGUUUCUGUGGGAGAAGUCUGGAGAAAAUUCAGUUCUGAUUGAAGAUGAAGAAUGGUGCGAAUGGGAAGCCGUGAAACUACAGCCUGUCGUGGCAGCCGCCCUCUUGGAGCAUAUACAACAUGGAAAGGUUGACAACGACAUACAGGCCGCACUGAAAGCUCUCCUGAGGCACCUAGAUAGUCUCAUAUCGCAACAUUCCACGUUAAGUAAGAAUGCGCAAGGUCACGGCUUUGCCGACGUCAUUGUUUGGUCUUCCAUACUGCCGCUUAGAACUGCCGACAGCUUAUUUACAGGUCUAGUAGUUCCUUUCAAGUCUCUCACUAAAUGGUUUCGUCAUUUAGAAGAGGAUGAAAGUCUUCAAAAAGCACUGAAGUCGGUUCUUCCAAAGGAUGGCUGCAAGGAAUUUAAGGAAUCUCUCUCGGCCUUUGCACCGCAGCAUUCACUAAUUGUGACACCAAAGGCAGCCGACACUGUCCCCCUGAGGCCAAGCCUCAGUUGCACCCAAACAUCAGUGGAAGAGAGGGAACACACAUUAAGCUCUGAAGAAAUCGACAGGGCCUUUCAAAUAUGGACAGACCCUCGGAACAAGGCUACAGAACUAAAGAAGCGGACUGCGCCUGUACUCCCCAAGAAAGGCGAGAAAAACAUCCUCAUCACAAGUGCGUUGCCGUACGUCAACAAUGUACCUCAUCUGGGAAAUAUUGUGGGGUCUGUAUUGAGUGCUGACGUGUUUGCAAGGUAUUGUCGGAUCAGAGACUGGAACACAUUGUAUGUAUGCGGUACUGAUGAGUACGGCACGGCCACAGAAACCAAGGCGUUGGAGCUGGGAAGCACUCCUCGUGAGAUCUGCGACCGAUUCAACAAGAUCCACAGUGACAUCUACCGAUGGUUUAACAUCUCUUUCGAUCAUUUUGGAAGGACCACAACUGAACAACAGACAAAAAUUGCACAAGAGAUCUUUCUAGAACUUCACAAAAAUGGAUAUCUGCGUGAAGAAGUGGUGGAGCAGCUCUAUUGCAGCCAUUGUGAAAGGUUCCUUGCCGACAGGUUUGUCGAAGGCACCUGCCCAUUUUGUGGCUACGAGGAUGCAAGGGGAGAUCAAUGCGACCUCUGCUCCAAGCUAAUUAACCCAACAGAGCUCAAAGAAGCACGGUGUAAAUUGUGCAAAGAGCAUCCGGUGCUGAAAACAUCAGGACACCUUUUCAUUGACCUCCCCAAGAUUGAGCCUGCUUUUAUGGAGUGGUUCAAAAAAAAGACUUCAGAGGACCAGUGGACACAGACAGCCAAAGUGAUAGCGAGUUCCUGGCUCAGAGAUGGCCUAAAGCCUCGGUGCAUCACAAGAGACCUGAAGUGGGGCACACCCGUUCCGCUGCAGAACUAUAAGGACAAAGUGUUCUAUGUGUGGUUUGAUGCACCUAUUGGCUACCUCUCCAUCACGGCCAACUACACUAGUGACUGGGAGCUUUGGUGGAAGCAGCCCGACCAAGUGAAGUUGUACCAGUUCAUGGCCAAAGACAAUGUACCUUUUCAUGCUAUCGUUUUCCCUAUGACACAGCUGGGCACACACCAAAGCUACACAUCGGUUGACCAUCUGAUGGCUGUAGAGUACCUAAAUUAUGAAGAUGCCAAGUUUUCAAAAAGUAGAGGAGUUGGUGUGUUUGGGAAUGAUGCCCAGGAUACUGGUAUUCCUGCUGAUGUUUGGAGGUUCUAUCUCAUGUACCAGCGCCCUGAAAACCAGGACACGAGUUUCUGCUGGAGUGACUUGCAACUGAAGAACAACUCUGAGUUGUUAAACAACCUUGGAAACUUUGUGAACAGGGCUCUAACAUUUCUGUUCAAUAACUUUGGCGGCGUGGUGCCUGAACUCAACAUUCUCGAAGAAGACAAAGUGGUCAUUGCUAAGCUGUCAGCACAACUGGGGCACUACAUUAAUUUCAUGGACAAAGUCAGGCUUCGCGACUCGAUUCGGUGCAUAUUGAGCAUCAGUAGAAUAGGCAACCAGUACAUCCAGUUCCACAAACCUUGGGAACUUGUGAAAGGCACACCAGAGCAAAAGUUUCGGUCGGCAAGCAUAAUGGCACUGUGUGCCAAUGUGGCCUGCCUGCUGGCUGGGCUGCUGCAGCCAUUCAUGCCUGAAACCAGCGAAGCCCUGAGACAGCAGCUGAAUGUGCCCGUGUUCAAGCUGGAAGCUCACUUUGCGCCACUCUUGAAGGCGGGCCACAAGAUGAACAAACCUCUGCCUCUCUUCAAGAAGAUUGAGCAGGAGACGAUAGAUACCCUGAAAAAACGGUUUGAAGGCAAGACGCCUAGUCCUGCAAAGGUCCUGAAUGGCCACAAGGACACUACUGUCAAUUCUGUGAACAGCCAUGCUUCUGGCGACACUAGCUUGAAUGCAGAGGAGCUCACACAUCAAGUGCAAGUUCAGGGCAACAAAGUUAGGGAACUCAAGGCCGCCAAGGCAGACAAGGCAGCAAUCGACAAAGAAGUUGCACGCCUCUUGGACCUCAAGAAACAGCUUGCUGCAGUCUUGGGCGAGGAACUGCCACCACCCUCAAACCAGAAACGUGGCGGCCAGAAAAAGAAAAAAUGACCAAGCACUCGGAAAGGACACAGGCCACUUAUUUAUUUCAUAAAUAACGAAUGCACACAACCUACAAA